AUGUCAACUCAUACCACCAAAUUUGCUACCAAUGCUACUGCUGGUGAGAGUGGCUGUGCUCGUGCCCGUGCCUUUGUCACUUUUUUGGCAGGGGAUGGUGACUACGUGAAGGGUGUUGUUGGUUUGGCUAAAGGACUAAGGAAGGUCAAGUCCAUCUAUAAUCUUGUGGUUGCGGUCUUGCCUGAUGUUCCUGAAGAACACCGUAAGAUUCUUCACUCCCAAGGUUGCGUCGUGAGGGAGAUUACCCCGGUGCACCCUCCCGAGAAUCAGACAGUGUUUGCUCAUGCCUAUUAUGUCAUUAAUUACUCCAAGCUACGUAUUUGGGAGUUUGUGGAGUACAGCAAGAUGAUAUAUCUAGACGCUGACAUUCAGGUUUUUGGAAAUAUUGAUCACCUGUUUGAUCUGCCUGAUAAUUAUUUUUAUGCGGUGAUGGAUUGUUUUUGCGAGAAGUCUUGGUGCCACACCCCUCAGUAUAAGAUCGGUUACUGCCAACAAUGCCCUGAUAAGGUUCAAUGGCCCUCUGAAUUUGGUCCCAAACCUUCUCUAUAUUUCAACGCUGGCAUGUUCAUUUACGAGCCAAAUAUGAACACGUGCAAUGAUCUCCUGAGAUCACUUCAAGUCACUGAGCCUACUUCCUUUGCUGAGCAGGACUUUCUGAAUAUGUACUUCAGGGACAAAUACAAGCCCAUACCUAAUGUUUACAACCUUGUCUUUGCCAUGUUGUGGCGUCAUCCUGAGAAUGUUGAAUUUGAAAAAAUUCAAGUGGCUCACUACUGUGCUUUUGGGUCUAAGCCAUGGAGGUUCACUGGGAAGGAGGAGAACAUGGACAGAGAGGAUAUCAAGAAAUUGGUGGACAUGUGGUGGGAGAUAUAUGACGAUGAGACACUUGACUAUAAUAACACUGUCAAUGUGGAACGUUUCAAGGGGGCGCUUUUGGAAGCUGGUGGCGUUAAGUUUGUGCCAGCUCCAUCCGCUGCCUAA